AUGAGUCUUAGUAUAUUUAGUGUUAAGACGAGUUAUUAUAAAAAUGGUCUUUGGUGGUUUACUAAGAUUCCAGCUCGUAUAAUAGGUGAAGAACGAUGGGAUGCCAUGAGAUUGGCAAGGAGAGUUUAUGGAAACAAAAUCUAUUAUGGAAGAUAAUAAAUAUUGUUUGAUAUCUUUUAUGAUUGGCCAGCCAUGGCUAACCUAAUAGGUAUCUAUCCUAAAGUAGAGUCAUCAAUUGAUUAUAAAGGUUGAUACUUCACAUGGAUUCUUGCAUUGGGCCACCUACGAAGCAUACAGAGAUUGGCAAGAACACACUUUGAAUUCAGAUGUAUUUUUUAUACUAACUCUUAGGGAUCUUUCGCUAUUUGGAUCUAUAUGCUAUGUGGUAUCUAUAUUGCUCACUGUUUCUACUCCUAUAUGAUUCCAUAUUAUUGGACGUAUGUAGAUUUAUCAUAAUUCUAGAAACAUGUUCCCAGCUAAGAACGAAGAGUUUGUGAGGUUGAGAUUGAAAGACGCCCUUGCAUCAACUGUUAUGGAAGAACUAUUUGCUAACAACUAUGCAGAAUUCGCCUGGGCUCCCCAUGAUUUCCAUUAUAAUAGAUAAAGAUGUAUGUCUGGAUACGGCCAUCCCGAUGAUCCAAGAACUAUGCACAUGGCUUCAUUCAAUAGUACAAUUAUUAAACAAUAUUUCUAGGAAAGCAUAAAUACAAGGAGCACUAUUUGAAGAGAAUAGGAGACUCAAGUCGUAUGACAACUGUCCUUUGA